GAUUUGUCAUCGUAGCAACUGUGGUUCGAUGGAUUUUGAUGUUUUCUUAUCAACGAUGUUUUAGGUCUGGCAUUGCGAGUAACGUAAAAACGGCCAUUCGUUGUUGCCGACCCAAUACUUAUUUUAUACACGUACAAAUGAUUCUUAAACUACGUAAGAAAGUCUGAGAUAUAAUGUUUGUGUGCAAAUAUGGAUUUACAUUUAAAGUCAGUGUUACUUAUAUUGUGGAUCCUUACUCCCAUUAGUAGCGGUCAAACGCUGGUGCUAACAUGUUCAAAUGGCUGGGAGUUGAUCUACGGCAAAUGUUACUUAGUGGUUCCCUAUAAUUUCACAUGGGACAGGGCACACCAGUUUUGUCGGAAGUAUGGAGCCGUUCUGGUCGAACCCAAGGGCUAUACAUUGACCGACGCGAUAUCUCACCUAGCAACCGUUAGAGGGGUUGGCAACUUCUGGACAGGUUACAACCGUAGACUUAUGGACUCCGCACCUGAGUACAAAGGUCAGUGGAGCGACGGACGCGAUGCGGGUGUCGAGGAAGGGGUUUGGGCCCCUGACGAGCCGAACAUCACAUCCGGUCAAUGCGCGUACGUCGGUGAUCCCUGGGAUCUCUGGGACUCUACGGAUACCCAACGGCGGUGGUACAUGGCGUCAUGCGAAAACGUGAUGAUGAGCGUUUGUGAACGGACGCCAUGCCCGGCAGACACGUUCAUCUGUGGUAAUGGUCGAUGUGUGGGUUUUCCGACCCUCUGUAACUCGGCCAACGACUGCGGAGACUAUAGCGACGAAAUGGACUGUCCGUCCCUCUGCGCGCGCAGCUACACAUCUGCCAUCGGGAACGUUUCUGUGGGAUCAUCUAACUACACCGUCAACGCCACAUGUCUAUACAGCAUACACGUGGAUAUGGGCAGGAGAAUUCGCCUUAAGUUUAAUUCUUUCGACACGGAGAAGAACAUAGAUUUCGUGGAGAUUUGGGAUGGCGGUCCUACCCUAGCAACCAGCACCCUAAUUACCAGGUUGUCAGGCCACUCCCUUGGCGCCUUCAAGUCGUUCAGCAGCAGCACCAAUCAUCUCAUCAUUCAGUUCCUAACAGACGCUACGGUUCAGAAAUAUGGGUUCUCGUUUUCAUGGAGUACAGAUUACAUCUGCGAAGUUCUUGAACAAACGGGGUUUAAAUUCUCCGAACCUACUGAUGGCUACACAAAGUCUCUAUCAGGCACCCAGACGGUCUCCAGCUGCGUUACUGAAUGUGACAGGAACGCCAAUUGUUGGGGAUUCCGGUUGACUGAGACCGCCACUCAGCGUGCAUGCAUCAUGGUCGAGGAACCCGCGUCUGUCGUUGCUGACACGCAAGGAACAAUCUACGUUAAAACUUGUCCAGGGGUUACACGCUCACAAGUGAUAUUACCUGACAUACCCACCGUGAGUGCUGAUCUGUUGGCGGCAGACCUUCCACAGUACCUGUACUCUCCACGCUUUCCACUGUUCUAUAUCGGGAACUACCAGCAGGCAUUCCAUAUCAGAUCAACAGCCAACAGGCUAAUCACCCUUCAGAUCCUCUCUAUUGACCUGUGCUGUAUGGACCAUGUUGACAUCUUUGACGGCGCCAGCCGCUCUGCAGGGCUGCUGGUAACCCUUGAGAGGCACAGCAAGCCCACCACCCUGGUCUCCAGUGGACAGGACCUCUACAUACACAUGGACCUUAUGCAUCACUGGAACUGCUCUGGUGUCCUCAUGAAAUACACAGAGGGCUGUGAUGUAGUGUUACGUGAUGACUCUGGCACAGUGACUUCCCCUGGCUACCCAGCUGCCAUGUACCCAGAUAUCGCCACCUGCUCGUGGAGUAUACAGCCAGCCUCAGGCAGGAGUGUCAAGUUGAAGUUCUCUGCUUUUGACACGGAAAAGAACAAGGAUUAUCUGAAGAUCUAUCAAGGUUCAAACACCAGUGGUCUAUAUCUGUUCAAUGGCUCAGGACCCUCCAUUGACCCGGUCACUUUUUUGUCAUCGCAAGGCUUCUUCCUGCAGUUUUCCACCAGCGGAGUGGAAGGGCGGGCAGGAUUUCAUGCAGAAUACACUACAGGCUGCCCAAUGUUUGAUGCCACCUCAGUGAAGGUUCAACCUCAGACGCUAAGCUACCACUAUCCAGACAUUGUGAUAAUAACGUGUGCCAAGGGAUACUUCUUCGGGGGAAGAUAUGCAGGGAAGACAAAUGUUACCAUGAAUUGUCAGAGUGACGGGACUUGGGAUGUCCAGAACUUACCAUUCUGCGAACGUGCCUAUUGUGGCUUUGCACCCUCUGUUGCAAAUGGUUACAUAGAGCAUGGAGAUGGUGUGCAGGGAGGCGACUCUGUAGUGUAUGGAUGUGAUCCUGGGUUCUCAUUGGUUGGCAAUAGCAACAUCACUUGCCUGAGUGAGGGGAAAUGGAGUGAUACACCGAGUUGUGAGGCAACAACAUGUGAACGUCUGUCUACCCUAGUACCAGGGGCCAAUAUUACUCUUGUAAGAGGAGAUGGGUUGAGACAUGGGUCAGUUGCUAUUGUUAAAUGUCCACAGUACCAAGAGAUCAUUGGUCCAGAGACCAUGUUUUGUGACCAGGGAACGUGGAAUACCUCUGUGCCCAGUUGUAGACCCAAGCCUUGUGCAGUGCCAAGGAAUGUGAAUGCAGACCUGAACUAUACUGGUGUGGUCAACAUGAGCAUGGCCAUCAAUGUGCAAUGUCAUCUAGGAUAUGGACUGGUCAGUAGCGCUUCCUCGGGGACAUUUAGGUGCGGAGUUGACACACCUCUUGUUUGCUCCAAUAUAAAUGAAUGUACACGAAGAACCCACAACUGUACAAAUGCCACAUGUUCCGAUACAGAUGGCAGUUACUCAUGUACUUGCUUUGCAGGCUACAUUCCAGUCAGUGGUAGCCAAACACACUGUCAAGAUGUUGAUGAAUGUGCCACCACCAAUGGCUUGUGUGACCACAACUGUACAAACCAGCCUGGCUCUUACCAGUGCACGUGCAGCGCAGGCUAUCUGUUGUACACGUACAGGAACUUCAAUGGUUUCCAGUUGCUACCCACAGAGGACGGGACUAAAGCCUGGCACACGUUCCAUAUUAACCAUUCCUGUGUCCCAAGACAAUGCAAUGCCAGCCAAGUGCUUGCAGUCAGAGAGGGUAAGGCCAUGACCUCCCAGACCUUUUUCUACUACCAAGACAGGGUGGAAUACAUUUGCAACGUAGGAUAUUUCGUCCAGGGCACCAAUGACAGUCUGGGGAACGUCACCUGUGGCGCUGAUGGACAGUGGAGCAAAAGGCCAAUAUGUGAAGAUGCAUUUUGUAUCGAAACUCAUGGCCCAAAUGUGACGCCAGUCGGCUCGAUCCCAUAUGGCACGAUGUACACAUUGAGAUGCACCCUGCCAAACAAGGCCAUCAUCCAACGGCAGCGUAUCUGUGGCUAUGACAAGCAGACAGGCACCUUUAAGACAACUGGGGAUGAGCUGGUUUGUCCAGAGGUCGAAUGUGGACCUGUUCCGAUACCAACUGGAAUGAAGGCAGACUUUGUACCAACCUGUACCAAUAAGUACAACUGCACGGUGAUAUUUGAGUGUGAGCAAUAUUACGAACGUAAAGGACAAAGCGCUCUCAGUAAUGGGAAUCCAUUUGUAAUUUGCAACGCAGACGGCUAUUGGGACUUUGGUACUCUAUUUUGUCAAGGCGGACAGUGCGGUCAACCAGUUACUCCGUACAAUGGCUACACACAACUAUCAUCUUGGAGACACGAUGUGACCACCGUCCAAACCACAGAGGUCGGAGCCGUGGCAACAUUUCACUGCAAGACCCCAGGUUACGAGCCAAUGCCGGUCUACAACACAACCUGCAUCAAAAAUAGCACCACAGGUCAAGCCAUCUGGAGCUAUGAGAGCCCAGUCACAUGUGUUGACAAACAACCACCCGUAUUUUCAUCUUGUCCGUCUAAAGUGCAAGUCGGUUUGCUGCAGCCAGUGAACUUCGCUCCACCAAUUGUUACUGAUAACACAGCAGUGAAAUCCAUCUUUUCUACUCCACUGAAUGUUCAAACUGGGACAGUCGCAGGGGAGGCUACCUACAUAUAUUUUCAUGCUGAAGACUACAGUGGACUUACUGCAACCUGCAUGUUCCCUAUCACACUACUUGACAUCGCACCACCAAAAGUGAUUUGCCCAACACCACCAGUUAUAACAGCUCAAGUGAAUGGCAGCAAUAUCAAUCCAAAUAUAUAUUUCACAAUCUCUAGAGAGCCAGGACAGAUAUUUACCAACUUCUCUAAUCCUGCAGUGAUAGGCACAAACUUCGCGUCCAUUGGGACUAACCCUAUCCUCAGCUUCACAGCAACUGAUGGCAGUGGAAACCAUGCAUCUUGUCGCACCCAGAUGAAGAUUGAAGCUCCCAAGUGCACAAUUGGUACUCUAGAAGUGCGCAAUGGUGAUGUUUCCUGUGUCUUUACUGGCACUGGUCUGACCUGCACGUCCAGUUGCCAUGACGGCUACAGUUUCUAUGAAAACCCAUCCUUGAGUGAGAUCAGAAUCACAUGCAGUUCUGGUGGGGAGUGGAACAGGGCUGUACCUGUGUGCACAGUGAUGCAUGACUCCUAUGCCAGGACAACAAUGUCGUUGUUCUUCAGCCUGCGGGGGUUCUUGGUGGACCAGAGUUGCACAGCAACGUACCAAAUCCAGGCGAGCAACACGCUUGUUGGACUAGGAGUUGAGUUCAAGAAACUCUGCUCUAAUGCCUUGAAUGGCCUAGACCUUGAUAUUGUUUCCCCUGCAGAUGCCCCGGUGGUGGCCAUUCUUGCUCCUGUACCUUCUUCAUUGGCAGUGAAUAUGACAUUUGACAUUAGGACUCCUGGCUUGUCAGACGAUAUAUAUCAGUCAUGCUUCAAUGAGAUGCGAAAUGCACUCAACAACAAGACCCCAAAUACUUCUACAAUUCACCAGCUUCAAGGUGGCUCAGAGUGCAUGACCUUGACCUUGACCUCUGGAAACACCACUGACAAACGGUCAUUUGUUUGCUCAGGUCAAGAAACUGCUGUUCAGUUUAACAGCACAAUGCAUGUUUGCAUGGUGUGUCCGCCAGGCACAUACAGUUCCAAUCAAACCUGUAUGCCAUGUUCUGAGGGUACAUACAACGAUCAGUUUUCGAGAUCACAAUGUGUUGGCUGUCCUCCUGAGGCAAAUAGCAAGACCAUUGGAGCUUCCAGUGUGAAAGGUUGCUAUGAGGAUUGUGGGAUGCGUCUCUACAGCCUAUCAGGGAAGCCGCCCUGCUCGGAGUGCCCUGUAAACACUUACUGGAACAGCAGCACCACCUGUCUACCCUGUCCUGCAGGCACUUACACAGACACCAGUGGGGCAUACCUUGUGUCAGAGUGCAGAAAGUUAUGUCCCCCUGGUUCCUACUCCCAUACUGGGCUGGAACCCUGCACACCAUGUCCUCGUAACUUCUACCAGAGUUCCCAAGGCAGUAAGACGUGCACUGAAUGUCCCUCCGAAUCUGUAACCACCAGGGAAAAUGGGACUAGCACAACAGAUUGCGUGGACGGAGCCUCCACUCUCUGCUCAAACUCACGAUGUGCAAAUAAUGGCCAUUGUUCUGUCAUUCGACAUGACUACUACUGCAACUGCACAGUCGGUUUCACCGGUCGCAAUUGUGAAAAUGAGUUAUCUCCAUGUGUCUCCUCACCCUGUCUGAAUGGAGCCAUGUGUACAAAACUGAAUGCAACUGCGUAUAAUUGCACCUGCAAAGAUGGGUAUUCUGGAGCCCACUGUGAGAACAACAGAGUUGACUGUGCAGCCAACUCCUGCGUCAACAACGGGACCUGCAUAGAUGGGGACAAUGACUACAUAUGUGCCUGUUCUUCACACAAUGGCUUCUAUGGCCCUGGUUGCAACCUCAACCAGAACCCGUGUCUGAGGUUCCCAUGUAACAACAGUGGGGUGUGUAAGGCCAUGGGCUCAUACCAUCGUGUGUGUUAUUGUCCGGCGGGCUUCUCGGGUCAUGACUGCCAGAUCAAUCUAAAUGAGUGUGCAGCAAGCCCAUGCAUGAAUGGAGCCAGGUGCCAGGAUGGGGACAAUCGUGCCAUCUGUGUCUGUACGGCAGGCUUCAAGGGAGACUACUGUGAGCAGCGGGACAGUGCCGACAUCUGCACCAGCUCUGUGUGCAACCCAGCAAAGUCCUGUAUAGAUAACUAUGUGGCAGAUACCCAUUACUGUGUCUGUCCUGAUGGGUGGUAUUUUGACUAUACCUCUGGUGUGUGUGGGAGUUUUGACAAAGAUAUCUACUGCCCACCAAGCCAGUGCACAAACGGGGGAGAGUGCACCACCUACGAUGGUGGGUACCACGUGUUGUGUCGGUGUGGCGCAGGCUAUGGGGGACCACAGUGCCAGCAGGACGUCAAUGAGUGCCUCUACCAGCCUUGUCGUAACAAUGGGACGUGCACUAAUCUUGUCAACAACUACACUUGUGCCUGUCCACUAGCAGCAGCCAAUGGUACCAACUGUAUUGACAGUGUAAAUGGCUGUCAAAACUGUGUGGUGUCCAACACUAAGAACUGCUCAGACUAUCUAGAUGGAUAUGUUUGCUACUGCAAAGAUGACUUCAGGGGAAACAACUGUCAGGAAGUCAUUCCCACAUGUGAGCAAUUGCCAUGCCAACAUGGUGGCACCUGCACCAAUCCCACGUCCCCUGGUGAACACGUGUGUACAUGUGCCAUGCCAUGGACUGGUAGAAACUGUGAGACAGAGAUCGACAACUGUAAGGCGGGAAGCUGUCUCAACGGCGCUACUUGUGAGAGUACCAGCAAUGGCUUCAUUUGUCUGUGUCCGUUUGGCUAUAUUGGUGUACGCUGUGAAAUCACAUAUGACUUGUGUGACCGUGCAAGGCCAUGUGUUGGUGCCAAUAACACCUGUAAGCAGGUGAACAAAGAAAGUGUGACAUGCAUCUGUCAGGAUGAAUACACUGGAGAAAGCUGUGAGUCUCUACUGUGGUACUGCACAGACACCACGUGUAAGAAUGGGGGACAGUGCUCUGUCGUCAAUGGUUACGGAGUUGUCUGCUCCUGCCUAGAUGGUUAUUCGGGACCAUAUUGUGAGACAAACAUUGAUGAAUGUUCCAGUCUACGAUGUCCUCCUAACUCUGUGUGUGUUGAUGGACUGAAUUCUGCUAGUUGUGUUUGCAGAAAUGGCAAGAUUGGUGAAAAUUGUGACAAGGAUGUUACUAGCAGUUUUGAUAUCAUCAUCAACCCCAAUGUCGGAGCAUGUGACGAGGAUGUUAAGCUCACCAGUUUCCUAUCAAACAGCACUACAGCCUUCACCUUGGCCUUCUGGGUCCGCCUCACCACCCUCAACAGCCCAGGGGCUAUUGUGACUGUGUAUGGCAUGCCAAAUAGGCUGACUAGAGACACAUUAAACUGGCAGCAUAAAUUGUCUGUAACAUCGACACACGUGAACUUCAAUAUCAGCACAGCAGGGUUUAAAGGUUCAACCUCUGUACCAAUCCUCAACAAUGUCUUACCCAAUGGACUCUGGCAUCAUGUGACAGUAACUUGGAGCAACGCGCAGGGAUUUAUUUACCUCUACCUUGAUGGCAUAUACAACAACCGCGGUCUGUUUGCCAAGGGCAAAGCAAUAUCACUAUUAGGCCUGCUGUACUUGGGGAGCCAUUCAUCAGAACUGAACAAGUUUGAGGGCCGUUUGAGCCAGCUUAAGGCAUACUACACGCAGCUGGAUGAUGCAAAUGUGCUUGACAUUUACCAGGGUUCACAGGCAGCUACUAGCCGCAUCAGUCUAUCUGAGGUAUCCAUGACAACCAUGUACACUGUGUACUAUGCUAGCCAGCUGACCAACAAUGUUUGCAAUACCAGUUCCAAAUGUCCAGAUAGAGCAUUUAAUGAAACUUCAUUCCCAAGGGUGGUAUCAUGUACAGAGGACACCCUUGUCGUCACCCCGCGGGUCUCCUCCAUCCAGUGGACACACGCUACAUUCUCAGGGACCAGUGCAGCAACGCGACUGAGCACACAUAUCUCAGGAAAGAGCCAGUUUGUUUGGGGCCUAUACAGUAUGGGGACUGUUGAGUAUACCUCAGACAAGAUGGCAGCAGCUGUAUGCACUUUCAGACUCUACAAUAGACGUCGAGGUUGCACUCCACCCCUGUUUUACAACGGCAACGCCCCACAGUGCACAGGGCAAUUGGAGGAUGGUUAUGUGUGCAAGCCUGCAUGCACCUUGAGCGCUCAGGUUCCAACCAUCGAGACUCCCAAGUACUUCACGUGCGGGAAGUAUGCCAUGUGGGAUGAUGCCGACAGAGUUGCGGACUUCAUGAUUCCAACAUGUGGCACUGCACAGAGCCCCCAACAUACGGUGUCAGUGACAAUUGAAUAUGGAACGUCGUCUGAAUGUGCUGCCUACAAGCCCACUCUGAUAACUUUGGUACAGAAGUCGUUAACAGACCUAAAUAAUGCGACAAACUACGGCUUAUGUAAAGUGUCUAAUGGUGGAAGUGAUGCAUUAUGUUCCGGCGCAAGCCUUGCGGUUGACUGCACGCCAUACAACAUGGCCUCAGUCCAGUUUAGCUUGAAGUACUUGAGUGGUGAAGUGACAUAUGGAGGGCUCCAAAUGAGUCCACAAAAUGUUCUUAAAAUAGCAAUGAGGGAUCAAGCAACAUUCACAUAUCUCGGGAAUGCUAUUCCCUUCUUCCCAAGUCUGAAUAUUUCCACAUCACUGAUGUGUUCGACUGGACAUCAGCUUAUUGGAGACAAAUGUGUUCUAUGCGGGGACGGAUACUACUACAACUCUGGGACAUUGAAGUGUUUGGGGUGUGAUGUAGGCCAAUAUAGGACUGUGCAGGUUUACACAAACCCCCUGUCAUCCUGCGAGAACUGCUCUGGAAGUGGAACCACAGAUAACACUGGAACACCUGCAAGCACCUACUGCCAUAACAAAUGUUACCUGGGCCAGUUCUACAACUCGACGAUCAGUGAGUGUAUGUCAUGUGACUACGGCGAGUACAGCGAUUCUAUUGGUGCGUCCAUCUGCUCACCCUGUGGCAUGGACAAAACCACCAAUCAGACUGGGUCCAUCUAUUCUACCAGUUGUAUUGCAAUAGUCACUCCCACACAAGGACCAAUCUUGGAGCCAGAUCCUGGUGCAAGCACAUCAGACUCAAAACUCUCUGGCGGAGCCAUUGCUGCCAUUGUCAUCGGGGUGCUCCUAGCAGUGUUCAUCAUUGUAGGACUGAUCAUCCUCUGUGUCACUAAGAGAUUACCAUGUAUGCGAGAGGACAUUCGUGUUGAACCAGAGCAGAAAACACCAUGGAAAAAAGUCAACAGGUAUGGUGAAAUGGACCUUAAGUUUGUCAACUACCGCCUGUCUGACAUCCGCGAGUCCAAACAGCUGGAUAGGUUACCAAUUCAUUCCGAGGAAAAGACCCCUGAUGACACCAUCAGCAUGCAGUAUGAUAUCAAUGUGCACGUACCAGUGUUCUUGGAGAAGUUGGAUGGAAUAAUAACCAACAAGCGAACAUUCAUCUCUUCUGGGAAGGCAUCAGACUCUGCCUCAGAACUGGACCGGACAUUGGAGAGACCGAUAUCCCAGGGGGCAAUUUCCACAGCGAGUCUCAAUGGCUCCGCCCGUUUCUCCAUCACUGCCCCUCAGGAUCACCGCAGCAUGUCUGGGCACUCGCGUAGUGAGAGACUCUCUGCCAAGAAUGUCAGGCGUAACAAACAAAGUCGUCCUUCUGCGGAUUUGUCGCCUCACUUGCCUCAGCGCACCUUGACCCCAAUUUCUAGGCAUAGAGAGUUACCAGAGAUGCACUCAUCCCAGUACAUCCGACCCCUGCCGUUCUUCAAGCGCCCAGAAGUCACCCCCCAGUAUUACCAGGAGUUCCUGGAGCCCAGUCCCCGCCCUGUACGGGCCAGGCCCAGUGAGCAAGGUACAACCACGCCUACCACCUCCCAGGUCGGCUCGGACAAGAUUCUGCUGGACUCAGAUGAAGAUCUGCGUUAAAAUGAUGGAAAUUCAGUCUGUUAAUUAUUUCCUUUUUUUUCCGGAUAAAUGAUUUUUGGAAUAUACUUGUUUUUAUAUUGUCACCGAAAACUUUGUAUAUUGUGCAUAUUAGUUAAUAGUUUACCUUGUCUGGAUAUUGCUGUGAAACAUGACUCAUUAAUUCAUAAGAUAAAUUAUCUAUAAUUUGAUGAUUUUUUCAUGCUUAAUUUGCUUACAUUAACUUGAAUUCUUAAAUUAUUAUAGCAUGCAAUUCUUGGGUGCAAAUUGACUAUCAUAUAACGGAUAUGUUUAUUAUUACUUAAGCUAUAAGACUUAUCACUGCUAUAAGAACAUGAUAACGUAAUGUAUAUAUUUUAUUCCUUGUUAUGUCCAAACAAUGGUAAAUCUUGUUAAAUUAUUGCCAUGCCGUCACCAUAUUUUUAAAGCAAAUGUUUUACUUGUUUAAGAUAAAUUUCUGUCGUCCACCAUUUUUAAGAGCUCUUUUAUGGAGACUAUUUGUUGCUGCAAUGACAGUAAAGAUCAAAUAAAAUGUGAAAAUUUCACUGGACAAUUGAUAAUUCUUGAAAAUUAAUAUGCUUUGUAUUAAUAGUAUUUUGAAGUAUUUAGUACAUACAUUUGCAGAUCUACAUGUAUAUGAGAGAAACUUUUAUUUUCUAUUAUCUUGAGAAAUAUUUGAGUAAAUCAAUCAUUUCCUUUAAUGUUUUCAGAGAAAUUAUUGCCAACAAUGUUGUUCUGUUGAGAUAGAAAAUGUUGCAGCGAUAAAUGUUUUUUGUUUGUUUUUUGUACUGUCAUUUUCAAAAACAGUAUGAUAUUAAAAUGAAAUUAUUUUUAUUAGCAAGUAAUUAAUUCAUCCAAAUUCCAUAUGCAACUCUUAUGUAUAAAAAAAUGUUCUGAACAGUAUGUUGUCACAUUAUAUAGUUUAUUGUCAUGACUAUUUUUCAUUUUUAACGCUUUCUUUUUAGAUUAAAUAAUUAUAUUUUUAAAUCCACAUUCAAUAAUACAAUGUUACAAAGUAUGUGAUACAUUGCGAUGUUUUUAAGUGGCGUGUACACAUUUACUAUUUGAUUUGAAGUGUUUUUGUUUUUUAAAUGCAGUGAAGUUUUCAAGAUGAUAAUUGCUAAAUUUCAAUGUUUAUCAUUCAAAUUACACACAUGUUAGGCCUACUCUAAACAUUUGCUCAAUGCAAGUAUAAUGUUUAAACAUUCUUAUGUUUAUAUGUAAUAUACAUCUCCCAUUAGUACAAUUUUACUACGCAUUGACAUGAUAAUUUCACGAAUACUUCUAUCUUUGCAGUCUUCUAGUUUAGUGUGUUCUAGACUAGUAUUCAUCAUGGAAUAUGAACAUUUUGUCAAAUAAAUU